GUUUUCAGCCUGACUUGGCACAGAUUUGCUGCCGUCUGUGCCAGUCUCUGAAGCCUGGGCAUCAGGUGAUGGUACACCUAAGCGAUGAGAUGAACUGAUACUGGGCAAUUGCUUUGUGUUAGCUCUGCAUGUUUUUUUUUUCCAGAGAUUGCUGCUCUUAGCACCAGUCUGUGAGCUUGUGGAUACUGCUUUUCUGUUUCUAAGAACGGAGCACUCAGCGAUUCACUCUGAGCAGGCAGUGCAGAGUUUAUAGCUCUGUCACUAUUUUCCAUCAGUUACAGCCAUAUUUUUCUGUCCCGAUCUUUUCCUCGUGAAGCUGCUGCAGAAUUAUUUAUGGUAUUGUUUUGAAAAGCUACUAGAAUUUGAGUAUGGUAAUAUAAACUGUUCUACUUGUGCUGUUAGCAAGCUGACGUUACACAGCACCUCCUGCCACCACCGUGCCGUGAAUGCCUCCGUGGUGAGGGCACGGUGUUAUAUUUGACUCUGUGGUUAGUGCUCUGAAUGGGUUCCUAACCUCCAAAUUUCAUAAAAAAAAAAAAAAAAAUAAAUCUUUUCCUUUGCCAGUGAGAGCUUAUUGACCUGAGAGUUCCAGACAAGGUACGCACCUCCGAGGUGGGCAGAUCCUGCGCCCUUCAAAUGGGGAACAGCCACACACUAAACCAGUUGUCCCAGUCUGCAGAGGGGAAUGGGUACUGGGUUGAGAACUGGGGCAGAAAUCUUGCUCUCAUGCCCUCUCCCCCAUCUCCUACCAUGGUUUCUCAACCGGUGGUGCGUGGCGGGCUCGUGAUCAGUUACACAAGAAGGUAGUCCAUGAAAUGAGUGCAAUGUGUUUGUUUGUUUUUUUUUUUAAAUAAAAAAAAAUAAAUGCAUGUUCCCUUGCAGGCUUUUGGGUGUUUGAGGAGGGUGAACUAUUUAAGUUUAGACUAAUCUUAUCUGGCCGUUUGGCAACGGUACGCAAGGACUUGGGAGAUCUUUUUUCCAUUAGGUAUAUUGUCCAGUGGUUAUAAAAAGCAAAGGAAAAACACUGCUCUUGACCUCUCUGUGCCAUACAUAAGCUCUUGUGUGUGCUGAUCUCUGUGCACAUAGUUCUGCCCCGAGCCUUGGGUGGUCACCCAAGCCACGUUGAUUUGUUGAGGUAUUUAAAAUUCAUUGCGUCCUGCUUCAGAGAGACCGUAACCACCUUCCCACCUCACUAGUCUGAACAGUUUCCUGACUUGGCCUUAAUAUCUCAUUAAAAAUAAAACUUUGAGGCUUGUUGGUCUUGCUGCACUGAAAAGUCAGGAGCAGUUACAUACACUUGUCUUGUCGGCUCUUUGGCACCACCAUGGUACACAGAUCUGUAUCUGCUGUCACAGUUGUUCAAGCAGAGAAGUGUCCAGCUGGCCUUAUUUUAUGAGCAAAGAGAGCCGACACGUGGGCAAGCAGUGGCGAGUUUGGGAUGGGUAAGUGGAUAUAAACUCGCUCUGCUCUGGCACGUUCCCCAGAGCCGCUGGGAAGUCCUCUUACAGUUAUCGCUGGUGUGGUCAGGCCGUGCAGCUGACUCCCUACCGUGCAAGAUGACGGGAGGCUGGGAUGUGCUGUGUUUGCUGACAUGCUGCUUUUACUCCUUCCCCUGUGCUUCAGCCAGGCUCACAGCACCAGCGUUGCUUUAAGGAGCUGCACUGCAGGGGGAGAAAAAAAAAAAAAGGUCUUUUGGGGACCUUUCACCUAACCUACCAGCUAAGCUGCUGUACUUUGAGCUCAGAUAAGCAACGGGCCAGGUUUUGAAGCACCGCUUGUUGGAUUGCAGCCGGUUCCUGACUUGGGGGAGAAGCACCAAGGUGUCCAGGAAGCUUUCUGCUGCUGCGGGCCAGCAUUGUGCAGCUGGAGCUGCGGAAAGAGCAAGGAGGUGGUUUCCAGCCCAGGUUUCCGAUCCCUCUUAUCUCCAAGUUUUGAGUCCAUCCUGCCUGAGUAGUAGAUGAGCAACCUGGUCUAGCGGAGGAUGUCCCUGCCUAUGGCAGGGGGGUUGGAACUAGAUGAUCUUUAAGGUCCCUUUUAACCCAAACCAUUCUGUGAUUCUCUGGGGGCUGUACCAAGGUAGGGGACCCUUUCUAAAUCACAGUCCAGGCCUAUAGAUAUAGCGAUAGGGGAGCAAUUGAUGUGGAACAGCCUCUUGCAGGAGCUUUCUACCUAAUGGCUCCACAGGACAACGAGGGUGUCCUCAGCGUUCCCCAAGUUAUCCAGGUGUUUGGGCUCUGCUUCUUGGAGGAGAACUUGCCGGCAAAGCAGCUCACGGCAGCAUAUUGGUUCUGGCAGUGCCUUCUAGCCAUUUCCUGGGAGCUUUCCUCUCGAGUUGAGAGAGGUGUUGACAUCAACAUAAGUCUGAUUUCCUCCCUGUUUCUCCACUGCGGUUUUGCUCACCUGGCGAGCGUGUUCAGCUGUCAUCCAGCCACGGGGUCCAAUCCUCAGCGUGACUGCUUCACCCCAAUUCAGUGCCUUGGAUGUUCAGACCCAUCUACAGUUGGUGUGUGAACGCGGUGAGAGAACUUCGUUUCAUGCUGGAAUAUGUCCAGCUGCUGGAGCUUUGUGAAUAUUCCUGUGUUUGCAGCAUCCAGGAAGAUUGACAGCCUUUCAGUUAGCUGAUUUUUAAUUUAAAAAUGCACUUCUCUUCAAAGAUUUUUGUCAACCCAAGGAGUGAUUACUCCAGGGCUAUUGCUGAAAUACCAGCGUUUUUGAAGGUCAGCAUCUGUAUAUUGGUCUCAGCGUCUUCCAGUCUCAGAAAAGAUGUGUCCCUUUCUGUUGUGUAACUCCUUUGUGGAUGUACAGGGUUGUUUCUGUUAUCACCCAAAGGCUUUUUGUCCGUACAGAUCUUACGUAGUCCUGCUUUACCUUCAAAUGUGAUCCUGGAUCUUGAUCUCCCUGCAUGGAAAGGGUGGACUGCAGCCGCUCUGCUGCUCAAAUUCCUCCUAAGCAUUGGCUUUCCCAGGGUUCAGUGUAAAUAUUGCUUUAAAAUGUUAAAUUAAGUGUUUACAGCUAGGUUCAGCACACAGAAUCGCAACUGCUCGGGCUGUGACCUUCAUGCUCCAGGCUGUGGUGAGAACCCAAACCCUUGGCACUCUUCAUGGAAUGCUCACCUGGAAUUCUGCAUGGUGUAUUGACUGGGGUGUGCUGUGUUCAAGACUACAGCAGUAAACCUGCCCCAGUGUUUAUGCUGGCUUGGGAGUGUUGGUUUGUAUUUUUUUUUACUCCUGGCUUCCUCCUUUAAAUUGGAAUUUCUUUUUUACGUGGCUAUUUAUGCUUGCUUUGUCUUCUGUAUUUGUAAAAAAUAAAUACAGAGCAAGUCAGUAUUAUUGGAGUAACGUUAGUGCUUUAUCACUGCAGGUGACUUUACAUUUCAAAUAAAGGAGGAGAUAAUAGUUUGAGCUUAUUUCUGGCUCAGGAAAAUGAAAGGUGUGAACAGAACUGCUCUUGGCCUGAGCAGUUUGUGUCGGUAGGAGAAUGAAGCUGGGGGAGUUUUGAAGAGUUGCAAGAAGAUGUGGCAACAGCCUAAGAAAUAAGGAGUGCAGGGAGAGGACAUUCGCAUUCUUUCUUGAAGAACAACUGUUUCAUUUGCAAAGCUUGAGACCAAGGACAACGUGAAAGAAGGGAUUGUUCCUUGCCUGGGUGAAUGCGGAGAUGACAGAGAAUUACAAAUCUCUAGCACAGGAGCUGCUUGAGCGGACAACCUAAUCUCGUCUCCCUGGAUAUCGAGUGUGGCUUAAAUGCUGAAGUAUGCGAAUGAAGAGUUGACCAAAACCUUACAGGUGACUUUGCGGCACAGCCUUGCCUCACCAGCUGCAGGUGGCUGUGGUAGAAGGUACUAGGAAAUAGGAUUCAUGAAUAAAAUUUUCCAUCCCAACAUUGACGAAGCGUCAGGAACUGUAUGUCUAGAUGUAAUCAAUCAAACUUGGACAGCUCUCUACGAUCUCACCAAUAUAUUUGAAUCGUUCCUGCCCCAGCUGCUGGCCUAUCCUAACCCUAUAGAUCCUCUAAAUGGUGACGCUGCAGCCAUGUACCUCCACCGACCAGAAGAGUACAAACAGAAAAUUAAAGAAUACAUUCAGAAAUAUGCAACAGAAGAAGCACUAAAAGAACAGGAAGAAGGCACCGGGGACAGCUCAUCUGAGAGCUCCAUGUCCGACUUCUCGGAAGAUGAGGCUCAGGAUAUGGAGUUGUAGUAGAAGAGGCAACCUGCUUUUCAGAGAGACUCUAAUUUCCUAACCAUGAGAAGCAGACUAUAAUAUUCAUAUUUAAACAAAGCAAUUUUUUUUAUUACUAAACAAGGUUUUUAUGAAUAAUAGCAUUGAUAUAUAUAUAUAUCACCCUUUAGAUCUUGAUUUUCUUGGUCAUUUCUCGAACCCGAGGUGCAUAGCAUAUUCCCACAUUCCAUUUUGGUAGCAAUAUGCAGCCCGAAUGCAUGCAUUCAAAUUCCAUUUGGCCAAGUCAACUUGUGUGCUACUGAACUGUCAGCUAAAACAGCUGCCCUGGUAGGUAGGGAGUUAGCAAAAAGAUGUUUGCUUUCUUAUCGAUGUUUCCAAAGACACCACCUUGGAUGCUAACGUGGAACAGCGUUUUCUCAAAGUAUAAAAUCUGGGGGAUGAUAUACUAACCGUGUAGAUCAGACAGUGGAAUCAAAGGUGCUCCUUCAGGUCGACCUUGCUGAUCGUAGUUUACGUGGAGUCACAUUUAAAAAAAAAAAAAUCAAACAAUACAAAUGCAUGGAGCUAUUCAGAGCAUUGAAGCUUAAAAAUUUUGACUUGGAUUUUAAGUCCGUUUUUAUAUGUGGACUCCUGCCUGCCCUUCUGAACUGUAGGGACUGACAACCACUGGUCUAUUUGCUUUUGGGACUUUUGAAAGCCUUCAUCUGGAUGUUAUUCACUUUCUUGGUCUGGAUUAUAAGCUGUUCCCUUUUCGGGAGGGGAAAAAAAAAAAAAACAAACCACGAAAAAAACCCCACAAACGAUGCUCUCUUUGAUUUAGCUGGAGCACAUGUGAAGUCAAACUCUUACUUUGUCAUAGUUUUGAAACUGCUGCCCUUUAAUGGCUUCAAGUUUGCUUUAUUUCUCUUGCUUGAAGUAUGGUUAAACACCUCGCAAACACUCUCCAUCUCCUAAGAGGGUCCUCUGACCAGAUGGAUUAGCCUUGCUGAGAGCUUCAGAUCCACGAAGAUCGGCCCAUUGGCCGUAGUCCACGAAUCCAUCGGCACUGAUUUUUAUUUUCCUUUUUUCCUCCCCCUUCUGCACCAGCUUGGUAGCCAUCUGCUUGUGUGUGUACAACAGGAUUAAAAUUUCUUAAAAGUUAACAAAGAAUAUGAUCUAGAAAAAAAAAAAAAGAUGAAUAAAAAAAAAGCCUAAAAGCACCGAUUGAGGAAGCAAGUGAAUCUGCUCUGUUUUGUUUGGGUUGUUUUGUUGUUUGGGUUGGUUUGGGUUUUUUUUUUUCCAGGAUACUUCUGAAUUGAAAUGUUUGAUUUCUCCUGGUGUCUUUCAGCAAACUGAGAUAUUUUUUUGUUUGUUUGUUUGUUUCUUUUAACGCUAUGAAAUCUAAUAUAGUAAAUGUCUACCUGGGAUGCCAGUAUACUUGAAUUUGGAUAAUUGUGCAUUGGAAAUUCAAACUAAGAUGGAUUUUUAAAGCUGAA